AUGACAGUUUAUACCGGAGCUCAAACCAAUUGCUGGAGCUGCCGUGCCGGUAUUCUUUCUGGUUCCUCGUAUCCUCAUCUACGGACUUGCAAAAAGAAUGGUGAGUUUCUUGCAGAGAACAUCGAAGAAUCUGAAAUGCAAAGGAAUUUCCCUGCUAAAGAGAGAGCAGUGACCGUCGAUUACUACAAGCUUCUUCAAGUUCAACGAAACGCCAGAGACGUGAGGAAAGUGGCCGAGGCCAAGCUCAAUCUAAUCAACGAUGCCUACAAGGUUUUGAGUGAUCCCAAAAAACGAGUGGUGUACGAUCAGCAGGGCAAUGAGGGUUUGAGGAGAGGGGCAACGCAGCCUUCUCAUUCACCCAGGUCUGGCCGCAUGAACGGCAAGUGCCCUGACCCAUUCACACAAUUUUUCGGGGCAUGGACUGACAUGGCUCAGGUUACGUCUCGGGUUAUGGAGUCCGUGGAACCAGAAGAGAUAUUCUCGAUGUUUUUAGUUGGAGAGACGAUAGGGGAAAAUGGAUUCCAAUGGUUUGAAUGCACGGACUCAGGACCUGGAAAUGGGUCGAGGAAAGCCGUGACGAUUAAGAGGACAUUACCUUGUACUUUGGAGGAACUGUAUAAGGGCGCCACCAAGAAGCUAAAGAUUUCUAGGGAUGUUCUUGGUGUUAAUGGAAGAAAAAGCACAGUGGAGGAAGUUCUAAUAAUUGAGAUCAAGCCAGGGUGGAAAAAGGGCACGAAAAUCACUUUCCCUGAGGAGGGGCACGACACACGGCGAGGUGUGAUACCAACAGACAUUGUCUUCAUCGUCGAUGAAAAGCCUCAUGGUGUUUACAAGAGAGACGAGGACGAUCUGAUUGUCACUCAGAAUAUCUCUCUAGCGGAGGCUCUGACGGGUCACAUCGCGCAGCUGACAGCCCUAGACGGGAGAAAAUUGAGCGUCUCCAUUGGUUCCAUUAUCAGCCAGACCCAUGAAGGAGUGAUUAUAGGGGAGGGGAUGCUUAUCCAAAAGGAACAAUCCAAGAAAGGGAACUUGAUUGUUAAGUUCAACGUCAAGUUCCCCAAGCUGACCCCGAAGCAGAAAACAAGCAUCAGAAUGUUGCUUUUUAUUUUUAUUUUGUUUUAUUUUUUUUGA